UCAACAAAUCAUUCAAAAUACCUGAGCGCGAACUUCCCCUUCCAAAUCGCACUCGAGUUUCAACAAUGGAGGCUUCUACUAAGACGACCAGAGGUGCUGGAGGAAGGAAAGGCGGCGAUCGGAAGAAGGCCGUCACAAAGUCGAUCAAGGCCGGCCUUCAGUUCCCCGUCGGACGGAUCGCUCGGUUCCUGAAGAAGGGGCGUUACGCUCAGCGCUGCGGCACCGGCGCUCCUGUUUACCUCGCCGCCGUCCUGGAAUACCUCGCCGCUGAGGUUUUGGAAUUGGCGGGUAAUGCGGCUCGCGAUAACAAAAAGACGAGGAUCAUCCCAAGGCAUUUGCUGUUAGCAGUAAGGAACGAUGAGGAAUUGGGGAGGCUGCUGCGAGGAGUCACCAUUGCUAGCGGCGGUGUUCUUCCCAAUAUUAAUUCGACUCUCCUUCCCAAGAAAAGUGCCGCCGCCGACGAGAAGGAAGCGAAACCCAGCAAGUUGCCAAAGAAGGCUUGAACUGGAAGCCCUAAUUAUGCCUUUCUGAAUUUAAGUUUGUAAAUUGGGCUGUUGUUGGGUUUCGUCCGGUUAAUGUUUUGUUAGCUUUGUUCUAUAAUUUACUCUCUGGUUCUUAGGUUACCUUUACCGGAUCAGUUAAGUUAUGAUCAAAGUUGAAGAGGUAGUUUUUGCUGAAAUAUAUUGAAGAUCCAUUUCUCUUUUAUGGGUUGUAUAAUAUUAUUAUUUUAUUAUCUGCAUAACUUAUUAUUGAUUCUUCCAAAGUACUAGUAUUUCCAUAUGUUCG